GCAGAUGUAAAAAAUGGCCGUCGAGUACCAUGCCUCCACCAAGACCAACAUGGACAUCGAUGACUGUAAAAUUGCAUAUAAACAAUUCUUUUCGGAAGAAAGAUUUCUCUCUUCAGUUAAUGCACUGAGGAACAGACCUUUCAAGAUUGCUUCAGUUUGCCUCGGGGUGCUGUGCGUUCUCCUGGUGGCAGGGGUCAUAGGUCAAAGCGUCCACUAUCAAAAUGUAGGAAAAGAACAUCAGAACAACCUCAACACCCUGAGCACAGAAAAAGAAAAUCUGCAGCAAAACCUCAAGAUGGUCAAAAAUGAGAAAACAAAUCUCGAAGUUGUCCGUGAUCAGUUGCAGCAACGCAACGAUCGCAUAACACGGUCGAACGAUCAGUUGCAAAAGAAUGUAGAUUCUCUGAUUAAGGAUAAAAGGCAGCUUCAAAUGAGCGAAAGUCAGCUACAGGCCAGCGAGACUGCUGCAAAAAAUACAUUAAAACAAUUAAAUUCCACCAACGCUCAGCUACAGAAAGACAAAGAUGUCUUGUCAACGGCCCAGAAGAACUUACAAACACAAUACGACUCGGUUGUGAAACGCAAAAAAGAGCUACAGUCGAGUUACAACUCUGUGACCACAGACAGGGACAACCUGCAGAACAAAUUCAACAACGCAACCAGGUCCAGAGAGCAGCUGCAGCUGAGUUACAACAAGCUGAUUCAGAAGGUCGAAGAUCUACAGGACAGCUUCAACUUCUCCACCAGCGAGAAAGACAAGAUAGCGAGCAGCCACCAAAACCUCACCACGCAGAUGAAACUGCUGCAGGAGACGUGCAACACGGUUAAAAAGGCAGAAAAGGAGCUGCGGGCGUCCUACGGUUUAGCUCUUAGUCAAAAACAAGAGGCCGAAAGCGUCCUAAAGAAUGUAGUGGCAGAGAGAGAUGAGCUGAAAAUCCAAACUAUGAACCUGACGGUGGAGAGACAGCAGCUGCUGGAGACCAUUAACAGACUCAACACGUCCAUUCAAGAUAAAAAAUGCCCUGCUGGCUGGAGGAAGUUUCAGUACAGCUGCUACUACACUUCAUUAAUUAAGAAAACCUGGAACCUAAGCAGAGAGGACUGCCAGACCAAAGGAGCGGACCUGGCCAUCAUAACCAGUCAAGAGGAAAUGAAUUUCAUCAACCGUUUGUACAGCAGCGACAAAGAGGUGUGGAUCGGUCUGACUGAUGGAGGAGUUGAGGGGCAGUGGAAAUGGGUCGAUGGGAAUCCUCUGAACCUGACUUUCUGGGCUAAAGGCCAGCCCAACAGCCAUCAGGGGAGGAACCAGGACUGCGCCGAGUUCUGGCACCGAGCGACAGGAAACGGCGACUGGAAUGAUGAGAACUGUGGUGUUGAACAGUACUGGAUCUGUGAGAAGUAGCGUUCACGUAAUGAGGCCCGAUCAUUAGUUUUAUAUCACUUAAUGGUUUAAAUAAACGUCAUACGCUGU